CCUCAUCAUUCUAGAAGAUGUGUACCAUCUUCAGGAUUUAGGUAAAAUGGGUCGUGGUCUUGUCCUUACCUUCUGUAUUGAUACGAUACAUGGCGAUGUGUAGCCACAUAACGUAACAUAACCGAACGUCCAAAUUCAAGUAAUGCAUUCCUUGUAAAUAGCCCACACUGAUUUUCAGGAUCUGAAAAAUUAUGUUCAGACGUUUGUUGCAUUUAUUCUCUUCCACACUCGCAAAUGUUGAAAUCGACAAGUUAUCUAGUCUAGUAGAGUACAAUUAUCAAACUACUAUCUCAUUCUUCUGACUUGAGGGCUAAUUUUUUUGUAUAACAAAGCUCGCCAAACGCUUUGAUUUACCCAAUCUUUCUAGCCAAAAUUUAGUUGUUCAUAUUUAAACAACUGUGAAGUUUUGGAAAACAUAAUAAGAAUAUCUCCUGUUUAUUUGACUAUUUAAUGUUUUGCGGCAUUACUUGUUACCCAAUACGAAGACAUAGUUUAAACUGGAACGAUUACUUUUUCUUUAAGAGGUUCUAAUACUAUGUUAGAUUAGAUGAGCUUCUAAUCUAAAAAUCGAUUGAUGAUAACUGGAUUAAUUUAUCUAUAUUAUAUAGCAUUAAUUAAUAUAUUUCCAGUUUAUUAUAUGAGAGAUUUUGUUUCUAAUAGAUGGUUCUCUCCCCUUCAACGAUACAUGCCCAUCAACAAUAACUAACGGCUCAUGAGGUUCAGAUUAGUGGUCGACCGUGUUGAGACGGUGGCUCGGGCUUAGGUUAAUCAUAAUAAUAAAAUUAAAUCAGAUUUGGUCUAGUAACCUGUCGUUACAAGUUGUUUUUCUGAGUCAUUACUUUUUCAGUAUAGGUGAAUGGUUAUGUUUUGAAAUAAAAUAUACAUGGCGUACGUAGACCAUAUCGUUUCCAAAUCCACAAACGUGCAAUCCCGUCUAACCUUAAUAUUUUAAGUCUGGUUCGUUGUGUAGUCCAACAUCAACUAUAACUACAAUAAGGCCCGCCUACCUUGUCCCAAUCGUAAUAUUUAUACGCAGUCCACAUCCUUUCAACCAUUCUUUGGUUAUCUUUAUUUUCAUGAGCCAACGAAGAAAAAGUAGACUGUGUUAGACGAAACAAAAGAAAACAUAACAGAAGGAUAAUAUGUCGUUUAUGGAAUAGAAGGAGAUGAACAUUGAAGAGUUGGUAGUCUUUAGGUUUGAUUGAAAAAGCACAUGACUGGUGACAUUGGGAUAAGGCUGCGUUUUGAUGUUUUUUCUUUGGCUCCUUUUAUUUUCAUUUUAUUCCUUUUUAAUAUAUAUAUUUCUUUGUUCACUUUGCAAUUGAAGUCCAAUUUUGCAUUUCUUCUCAAUAUUUUGUAAAAAAAAUUUGCAAUUGAAAAUUAUAUAAAUACGAGAUAUAUUAGCAGUGUGGUAAAGAGCGCGUGUACACUAGUAAUAUUAAUCGCAACAAGAGUUGAACCUAUAAGCAACAAAGACGUGUGGAUUAUCACUUAAUCACUAAAAUAUACUUAUAUAUAUAUUAAUAUAAUAUAUAAUAUAUAAUAUAUAAUAUAUCAUACCCACAAAGUUCCAAAGUCUAUAACGAAAAUCACACUUAACCUUCUUAACAAUUCACGCACUAAUCACUAUUUCAGAGCAAACUUACGCUACGUAUCUACAUUCUAAUUACUACUCUCUUUAUUUCACAAAAAAACAAAAAAAUUUUAAAAAAAUUUGUUACAAAAAUUAUUUUAAAAUUUCAAUGCAAUUUAUACUUAUUUUCAACUUGAUAUAAAUUAAAAACUACAUGAUCUUAUAAUUAAUUUUAUAUAUCUCAUAUACUAUUAACUAAAUAAUAUAACUAGUAAGAAUCUAAAUAUAUUUUAAUCAUUUUUUAAAUCUGUGUAUAAAAUGCCAAAAUAACUUUUUUUAAUGAAACGGAUGAAGUACAUUGCAGAUCAAAGUUAUUUCGUAUUUUAUUAAUUGACGUUGGUUAACUUAAAACCCCUUUAACCGACCAUGAGAAGCAUAUCAAAAAUGUGUUGUUUAAAAUAUGGGAAACUUUCUCAUAUAUACCAAAACCAAAAAGCUUGAAAAGUCAAUCUAAAUAUUAAAGUAACGUGGAAUAUGAAAUUCGUUGCAGAGAUUACGUGACCUCUCUACUAAGAUAAGUCUUUUCUCUCUUUGGAAUUGAUUUAACACAAUAUUAAAUUAGAGAACGAGUAAAAAUAUUAGACUAAAUAAUAAUUUUUUAAAAAUAUAGAUAAUAAAAAUUUAAGCUAUCACAAUACAUUAAUUAUAAAUAAUGAGUUACAUAUAUAGGAGCAAAAACUGGUAAUCAAAAUCAACCAAAAAUUAAUUAUUAUCAUAAUCUAAAAUAUGGAAUGAAAAUACACUCCAAAAGUAAAUAAAAUAUUCAAUGAAUUAUGAUUUAUAAUAAAAAAAGGUGAAUCCCAAAUCUGUCAAUCAAAUUCAGAUCCAAACAUCAUACAUUUAAAUAUUUGAUUUUUUUUUUCAAAUAUCAAACUAUAAUCUAAAUCCUGAUGGUUACACCUUCUUCUACUCCUGAGUCCUGACGGCAAUCCAUAAAUAUUUAUUUUGACAAAAGAGUUUGUAUAUUUCGUAUGACAGAUAAUGCAUAAAAAGAAAACGAUUACAACCUUAUCUUGUGCACCACGAAAAAAAAGCUAUAAAUGUUGAAACGAGAGUUGAUAAAAGAAAGUCCUUUCUGGAAAGAAAAUGGGGCAUGUGUGUUCACACAUGUUUGUGUAUAAAUUUAUAUCUAUAGAAAUUAUAAAAAAUAAGGAGAAUAAUGCACCUUGAAAUAGAAUAGUCUAAAAACAGCCACGGUUGACUGACUGAACCAUCGCCUUCCUUCAUCAUUCUCUUUAUAUCUCUGAUUCAUUCAUUAUAUAUAUCUCUCUGUCUAAUUUCAUUAACAUCUUCUUAAUUAUAGUUUUUUUUUUCACAAGACCCGAAAAUUUAUUUAUUUCUCCCUCACUUCCUAAAUGGCAUCCGUCGAAUGCAGCAUCGGUGAUUCAAUCUCAACACUUCAUCCUGACAUCAUCCAAACCCAAAUCUUGACCCGUCUGGACGGUCCGACGCUAGCCUCCACCGCGUCAACUUCCUCUUAUCUCCAAACUCUCUGCUAUGAGCAGAAACUCUGGCGGGAAAUCUCCACUGCCACGUGGCCUUGCAUCAACGAUUCACGUGUGGUUCAAGCUAUCUCCUCCUUCCCUUCUGGUUACCGUUCCUUCUUCGCUGACUCGUACUCGUCCACUGAAUACACGUGGGAGUCGGAGAAACAAGAUACACCGACCACGGGACUAAUCUCAGCCGUUGACCUUUAUUAUAGAGGAGAGUUAAUCUACUCCAAGGUUCAAGAGAUGGAAACAGAGAACGGUAAAGCAGGAUGGUUCUUGUCGGCUCCGUUUCGAGUUGAUUUACUUGACGAGAAAGAAUCGGUUCAGACCCAGAUACUAUAUCCGGGUGGGGAUUACGAAGCGUGGGUGAGAAACAUGGAAGAGAGCAUGGAGCUUAACUGGAUAGUGAUCGACCCGGUCAAGAAACGUGCGGCGAAUAUAUCUAGCAGAAAGGCUGUGUCGGCGAAGCGGAACUGGUUAACCGGAGAUUUAGAGAUAAGGUUUUCAACGGUUGUGGCGGAGGCGGCUGGGAAGAAAAAUGCGGCGGAGGUUGCGGUGGUUGUGUCGUGUGGAUCGGCGGAGACGUGGAAGGAGGUGGACGAGGAAGUGGGAGGAGAAGUGCACGUGAGGGACGUGCGGUUGCAACUAGAGGACAUUGAGGGGAAAUGUUUAAAAGGGAGGGAUAGUUUGGUAAUUUUACAAGGGAUGUUGGAAGGGAAGAGAUGUUGUAAAGAUGGUGGUGGCGGAGGAAGAGGUAAAGGAAGGUAUGAGGAAUACAUGGCGAUGAAGACACAUAUGAGAGAGAAGAAAGAGAGGAGGGAGAAAGCUCAAGACACGAUUUGUAUGAUCUUUGGCUUCUCUUUGUUUGUGCUUUUGUGGAGUUUUAUUUUGUUAGGUAAAAUGCUAAUAAGGAAAUUAUGACAUACACAGCAGUUCUUUGAUCAUAUCCAUGUACUUUUGGUUAUGUUCUUGUAAUAAUGAAACCAGAUGUUUUCCUGCUGAACAUUUUAAAUCGAAUCUAUUAAUUUAAGAUUCUAUUUUUAUC